AUGUCCAACAAUUAUUACAAUGAUUUAUGGCAUUUAUCUCAACACGAAAUCGAAUUAUUGGCCAUUGAAGAUUUCGAAAGACAGAAUCAGGAAGUCGAUACUACCAUAGCGACACAGACUUCGGAUUUAACUUGUGAUGAGGCCACUCGCAAAGCUCUUGUCCAAGCCAGCACUUAUGAGUUCUAUCUCAAAUAUAUAUGCAUUGCCAAUCGUUUGGAAGAGGUACACGAUAAAAUGAUACAACCCCAGAAGAGACAGCUGAUACGAAAUAUUUUAAAUGCCUGCUUGGGUCGCAUUGUGGAACUCAAACAUGAUCUUGUCAAUAUCGAUCUCAUGGAAUUCAGCUAUAAUGAUGGAGUUGUGGAACGUUUGAAACUAACACCCAUAGAAACUGAACUGAAGAUACCACGUUACUUUCUCAGAGAUAGGCGAGCGGAAAUUGAACAUCGCAACAAGACAAUGCAUGAGAUUUUGGUAAAAUUAGGAUGGGUUGAGGAGAACCCAGUGAGAGAAAAAAUCACUGAAAUUGAGGCCAUACGGCUCAUACAAAUGCAUGAAAGGGCUCGUCAGGGCCGAUUGAGGGCACAUUUUAUGAAGGAGAUACGCAUGCUGAAAGAGAAGGGAAAAUGUGAAGAAAAAGACAAGGAUCGCAAUGACUCGGGACUAGUGGCGGCCUUAAAGAUUCAAAAAAUUUGGCGUGGUCACACAGACCGUAGAAAAACCAGGAGAAGAAAAUUGGAUGAAAUGAUAUUGAUAGGCAUGUUGCCACCCCCAGCAACGGUGGUGAAGGCACGAGCAGAAAAGGCAAAUGCCUUAAAUCAGAUAUAUGAAAGACGUUAUGCUACCCAAGAUGCUUUUAAGCAAAAGUUUGAAGCCACCUUGGAAUUAGUACGUGAGGAAAUUAGGACGAAGCAUGGGGCAAAUAUGACCGAAGACAUUGCUGAUGAAAUUCGUGCUUGGAUAAAAGAUUACUACGACAAAACUGGCAAAUUGCCAGAUUUUCCUUCAGAAGAUCAGGGAGGCUCAUUGCAUAUUUUCAGUAGACCUGGCACAGAAAGUGAAAUGAGCAGAUCAUCGGCUAGAUCUUCCAAGGAAUCACGUAAAACAAAAGAUAAAUCCAAAUCACCAGCUCGUAGCGGAGAUCUUAAUGUCAAUGAAAAUCAAGAUGAAGAUGGCAAUGGCCUACAACCGGCACAGUCUGUUUGUUUGCCCGAUAUACGUAUUGAAAUUGAGCGUUUCAAUGAAAUCUGGCGCGAAAAGGACGAGACUGGUAAUUUACUGCAACAUCAAUAUGAUGACAUGAUAUACGCCGAAAAAUAUGAUGAAGUGGAAAAAGAAUUUCGAAGAGUAGUCGAUGAUGUUAUGAGACAAGAAUUGGAAUUACUACAGACGGCCAUAGGUAAAAAGGCAAAGAAAAACAACAAAAAGGCUCGCAGGUCGGGCAAAAAGAAUAAAAAGAAAAAAGAAAAAGAUUUAACACCAGAUCGCACCACAGAAUCGCUGUACGAAGAACUUGUAACGAAUGGCAUUAUAAGGAAAUACCCUGAAAUACGUUUAAGUCAUUUUCUGGGCGAUAAAGCUUUGACCACGCGUUCAGGCAUAAAUCCUUCUCCCGGAGAUAUAAGACAACUUUUGAUAGAAUAUUGUAUACUGCCACUGGGUUCGGAGCAAAUACACAACACUUGCCCCUUAAUACGAUCUGUAUUGUUCACCGGGCCAAAGGGGUCAGGCAAAAAAGCAUUGUUGCACGCCAUCUGCACUGAAGUUGGAGCAGUUCUAUUUGAUCUUACUCCAGCGAAUAUUGUGGGUAAAUAUCCAGGCAAAUCAGGCUUGAUUAUGCUUAUUCACUUGGUGUUAAAAGUAUCACGUCUGCUGCAGCCUGCGGUUAUAUUUAUGGACGAUGCGGAGAAACCUUUCAUGAAGAAAAUACCGAAAACAGAUCGAACAGAUCCCAAACGUCUGAAAAAAGAUUUACCAAAACUAAUCAGAAACAUAGCACCCGAAGAUCGUGUGCUCUUUAUAGGUACCUCCAGUUUACCAUGGGAGGCAGAUCAAAAACUAUUGCAACAAACCUAUAAUCGUUUCAUAUACAUACCACGGCCAGACUAUGGAGCUUUAUCACAUGCUUGGAAAACGUUAUUGUGUGAAUACUCUGGUGGUUUGUCAAAUUUGGAUUGCAGUGUAAUGGCUAAAAUAUCAGAUGGCUAUACAAUAGGAUCGGUUAAUGCUACUCUCAAAGAAGUUUUGACCUGCAAACGUAAGCUGCAAUUACGUUCGCAACCCUUAACUCAUGCGGAAUUAAUCAAUGUAUUGUGCACCAGGGAUCCCGUCUAUCGAGAAGAAGAGGAGGCCUUUGAGUCUUGGUGGACCAAGACACCAUUGGGACGUAGACGACAAAAACUACUAGAAAUGGAGGAAGAAGCCCGUCUAGAAGAACAAGCGCAAGCAGCUAAACAAGGCAAUGGAAAGAAAAAAGUCUAAAAAAGUAUUUUUAUUAUUUAAGUUGAAAAGAGAAUUCUU